UUCACAUUUGUGCCGCGUGAAUUCGCAAAGGCGUCUAAAGCAAAUCUACUUGCCGUUUAUUAACUUUGAUGAGUGUAAUCAUCAUGCAUUUUGGUUCGGGAAGCUGAACAUAUUCUAGGGGGAGUUGCCACGUAGUGGUUUUAACGCUGUUCCUUUUGCUGGAUCUCUGCUCAGUCAGAGUUUUGACGCACCUCGAUAUGGAAAGCCACAAGCAUGUUUUCCAGGUUUCUGGGGUCAAAACCCAAGGUAAGAAGAGACUUUUGGUUCAAGGAAUCCUUCAGCUCGGUGGAAAAUACCUUGGGGGCUCAGUAUACAAGCAUGCCAGCACCCACCUAAUAAUUCCCCAGGUUUUGCCCAGCGAGAAGUUUUUGGCAGCUUGUGCUGCAGGAAAGUGGGUUGUGACUCCGGACUAUGUGUUGGACAGUGUUAAGAAUGGCUCCUGGCUCCCAGAGGGACCUUAUGAAGUGGCAAUUUCUACAAAAUCCUCAGGUGCCUUUUACCCUGUCAGACAGUGGCGGGAAAAGGUGGUCAAUGGGAGAAUUAGUGGAGCUUUCCAGGGCUGGAAAGUACUCCUCAUGGUUCAAGAGUCCACCAGAAGAGCCAUGUUCAGACGGUUGUUAAAAGCAGGCAGGGCAGAAGUAUACAACUGUACUCCACCUUCUUACACCUCCAUCACUCAUGUCAUGGCAAAACCUGUUACAGAGAGCUCAAAAUCCCAAAAUGCUCCUUGCUACCCAGUGAGCUACAUUGUUCAGCACCUUUUUGGGAGCAAUCAUGUGGAUUUGAAUUUCAGCAUAACAGAUGAUUAUCAGACAGAGACAAAAGACCGUUUUCUUGACAACUUCUCUAAUUUGGAGACAGAGCUCAAGAGCUAUAUUAUCAAGAAGGAGGGCCGUCCAAGACUGUGCUUCCUUGAAUUUCUGGGUUACCAUGACCCUUAUCGUCCCCAGUCACAGGCAACAGCAACAAACUUCAGCAAUGUCGGUAGUAUGAUAGAGUGCGGCCUCUUUAUUGAAGCCCUGGAGUCAAUCAGAAGCGGAGUGUUCCCGGGCCUGCUGCCACCAGCCACAUACCUGGUCUCCCUCCUAGAAUAUGCACAGCAGGGCAAUGCCACAUCUCUCUUCCUGAGAAAUUUUCAGCAGGUUAUGGAUAACCUGUUCAUUACCAAUCCUCCAUGGCUGGCUUCCAGCACAGUGAAAAAAUAUUACACUCAAGUGUUGCAGUGUCCUCUGUGUAAAAUGGGCAUGUGGCCUUUUCUAGAGACAGCCAUCAGGUACUGCCUGUCUGCUGACGCCACAUGUCACCCACUCCCUGGACCUGCUCUGCCAACACUGAUACAUUUUCAUUCUUACAUCCUUGCACUUUGCCUCAAGCUCUUCCAGGGGGAGCUUCACUCUGUCAGCAGCAGUGACUUUGUGCAGCUCCAGGGGACACAGGUCUCGUCCACAGUGACCUCAGGCUCGUUGAUGUAUGGAACCUUCUGGACUGUGUGGGAGCGAUCCACUCUGUUGUCCCAUGCUGUGAAACAACUAGCUCAGCUCUUAUUACAAGCUGCCAUGAAGGACUGUGCUGAGGGGAAAGAGAAGCAGAAGCUGCAUUUGGCUGACACUCUGCUGGACCUGCUGUCCGUGUUGGUGGAGUUCUGGUGUCAGAAGCACUUCAAACUGAACCAAAGCCUGGUGGAAAAAGGCCUCAAAGACCUAUCAGAGCACAUUGCUGUUACUAGUCAGGAUUUAUCUCCAGCUGUUUUGGUAGAGCUGGUUUCCAGUGUCCGCUCUACCAGACUGAAGCUGGUGAUGGCAGAUGCCAUAUUCAGGAAUCUGUGCUGCAGAAAUGGAUUUACUGUGGGAGUUGAGCCUCUGUCCCUAAAGAAAAUUGUGCUCUCUUACCUGCCUGUUUUGGGGAAUUUAGCUCAGAUUCCCAGUACAUACCACAGGACUGGACCCACCUCACACAGCUGCAAUAGGGAAGGGACCAACUGCAGAACUCAGAACUCCUUGGUGAAUGAAACAAACUCAGAGAAAGACAACACCCUCAGAGGCUUGAACAGAGUCAACGCAGCAGGAGAGACCCUCCUCCACAGAGCUUGCAAGAGGAACCAAGUGGAAACAGUGCUUCAGAUACUGGCGCUUCCUGGCUCAGACAUCAAUGUUAAAGACCAUGCAGGUUGGACACCUCUGCAUGAAGCAUGCAAUCAUGGCAGCUCUGAGUGUGUGAAAGCUUUGCUUCAUCACCACCCCGCCCCUGCCCUCACAAACCAGGUGGGUGGAGUGAGUCCUCUGCAUGAUGCCCUGCUAAACGGUCACAUGGAUAUUGCCAAAAUGCUUCUGGAACAUGCAGGCAGCAAGGGGGAACGAGAAAAAGAGUGAGGAUGUUUACCAUGCUGUGGAACUGCCUGCUUCCCAGCUUGUCUGCCUCAGCCCCAGCCUCAGACCAGAGACAGAGAGAAAGAGACAUAGGGGGAGGGAGUACCGCAUCUUUCUUUCCUUCACUCCCUCCCUUCCUCUUUUUGCGCCAAUUUUUCCCUUCCUCCACUCUUGCUUUUAUAUUUCUUGUCUUCGCCUGCCCUCUAAAGGCCAAAGGGCUUUGCGCUCUGUAUGUAAAUGCUUGUGUGUGUAUGUGUGGGAGCCAGACUGCAUCUGGCUGGUGCAUCACACAGUGGCUUCUGCUCACCAUGUGAAUUCCCUCCCUCUGCUGUACCUUCAGAGCUUAGGUCUUAGCAGGGUAUUUUUGCAUUCAUGCACAUGUGUGCACACACACACGCGCGCAAAGGAUGGUGUAAUUACCCUAUGCUCUCAUGUAAUCCCCAAGGUGUUGUAUUUAUCUCCACUGCAGCAUAUCUGACACCCAGCUCCAAAACCUGGAUUCACUUAAGUCACAGCCCCUGCACCAAAAACCCAGGUUGAAGCCUCAUAACACUGUGUGCAUUUAUAUGUUUGUUACAUUAUGAAAAGUACAUAUUAUUUCUUUGUCAUCUGUUGUGUUUAAAUAUGCAGCUGAACAUUGAAUUUGACCAUUGACAUAUGUGCAGGAGUGUUUGAACAUUAGUAUGGGCUUCAUAUCUCCUGAUGUUUGAGGGAGCAACUGCUGUUCUUGUUCUGUGGGUUUACCAUGCAAGUAUUAAAAAAAGAGGAGGAAAAGAAAAGUUUUCGGAAAAACAAAAAGACACAAGCUGAUGCUUAAUGUGAAUAAAAGAGAGACAGUAAGGCAGGUAAAUAUGCAAAUGUGACAAACUGCAUACUGUGCACACCAACAGUCCGUUAGCUUUCAGGCAGACAGAUCUACAAUCAAACACGUAGCCUUGCAGGCUUUCAGGCAAGCCGAGCCCAGGGCCGUGCUGCAGGGGCCCCCUCCUCCACGCACCAGUGUCAUCCCUCUGAUUGGAGCCUGUCUGUCAGCUGAGUUUGACAUGAUGACGGCGGGGAACACUGGGAAACGGUGCUGCUCAUUCUUGCAUUUCUUUAUCUCAUGUUGGUGAUGUGCAUCUUCUUUGGGGAGACAGAGCUGUUUUUGAGACAUGACAGACAGGAGGACAUAAAAUCUGGAGCAGAUUGAUCUUUUUUGAUUUCUGAAUUUUUAGUCACAGUUGAUUUUUCAGCAGGACGUACUGAACGGCUCUUUUUUUUUCUGCGACUUAAUAAAGUGCAAGAGGAUUUCUGUUGUUUAACAGUGCAGCUGAUUUAGAAUAUGACUAGGGUGUAACUUCCUUAUGUCAGAUUAUCCUUUCUGUCCAUCUUUAAUGUUAACUAAUUUUGUGUUUCAUGCACAUAUUUCAGCAGUUUGAAUUUUGCUCAUCAUUAUAGCCAGUUUAAGAAGAGUUCCACUCUAUUCUUUGUUAAAAAAAAAGGUAUUAAAUAGUAGUAAAAACUAAACCUUGUCCACUUUAGACUAAACAAACCCCACAUUUUCACUUAAGCUUAAUCUAAUACUGGUCUUUUCCAAAAGCAAGCAUAGAACAGGACCUUUUUCGAGCUUGUCCAAAAGGUACAGUGAUGAAUCCAUUCUUCUGCAGGCAUUGUGUUACUUGUGGCCAUGUGUCUGCAUGAGGUUCUAGAGAAAUCCACAUUCUCAGCAACCUACUAUAACUUUCCACAAUGUGUCAUGCACAGGUUGCUCGCUUUUACUCACCACAACCACACCUACUGAGUGACAGCUUGUUAUAGAAACCUGGUGAUUGUGGCCUACUGUGAACAACCUCCCUCACAUAUACCGCAUUGCUCCAUCGUACUCCCCUCCACCUUUCUCUUAUGGGCACUUUGAUCAAAUCCGCACUUACUUGACUGCUGCCCCUGAUGCCUGACCCCUACAUUCAAAAUGUCCCUGCUUAUGUAAAAGUUUAUGUAGAUUAAUGCCACAAUUUAUGCAGAUUGAGUUUUUGCCACUCAGACUUGAAGCACUAAAAAGUAGAAGAGAGCUGACCUUCCCACUAACAGCUACAUGAGCUCUCACCGAUUAUCUCGUAACUGCUACAAGCAGCGUUAUACAGCGGCAGACAGACACAGAGAGCAAUUUCUGAAUUCUGAAAGUUUCAUUUUUAAACAUUUUUUUCUUGUUUCAAAAUAGUGUAAUUUGAAAUGAGGCUGUCUUUUUUUGUCAAAAAUUGCAUCUUGGAGGCCUUGUAAGUAUGCUUUAUGUCAUCAUGUAACACACAAACAUAAAAUUGUCCCUCCUUUAAUACAUCAUGUUUCUACAGCCCCACAGUGUCUGUCAAAAGGAAAAACAACUGCCAGCAUUGGUAUCAAGCAGCCUUUCAGCUGUCUGUGUGUCAUGCAGAGCCUCCACAGAGCAGUAAACUCGCUCAUAAGUGGCAGCAGCAUUGCCAAGGUUGAACAGUCAAGUGCCAUCAAGAGCAGUUUGCCAUAGAAAUGGGUAUAUCUGAAAGCAAACAAAGGGCUCACUCUUGACUCGACCCGCUCCACGUAAGCUAAAUGUGCACGGGCCUGUCUGACACUGGAAAAUGGCUUUCAGCCUGAACAGAGAGUAGAGAGACAAGACAGUAAAUGUCACCAUUAUAACUUUGCUGGCUUCGUACAAGGAGAACGGGGGGAAAAAGUGUUACAUUCAGUGACUGUCAUGUUUGGUUUGAUUGUAGUGAAGCAGGGCUGAAAGGGUAAAGCCAAGGUUGGUGGAGAUGUUUUAAAUUCAUAGAGUUGAAACUCCAAGGCUGUGUGUUUGUCACACAUUCAAAAAUUAUUUGAAUUAAUCUGUUACUUUGCCAUUAUAUCCUCACAAACCGCUGUCUCCAUGGAGCCCAAACUCACGACACAGCAAUUUUCUGAUGCCAUAGUUGAAGUCUGUUGCGAGUCAGAAGCCUGCGGUAUCCUCUAGUGUCACUGUUGAUGGCGAUGAGCUCACUUACAGCAGUGCAUCAGAACAGCGGAGCCUCCAUCAGUGGACUAACCCUCUGUGCCUUUUACACAAACACAAAGUGACCCGCCAGUCACAGAGCUAAGGCGAGGUGUCAGCUGAAGUUAGUGCUGAAGUGAGCUAAUAGCCCCGUCUGGCACUAAGGGCCAGUGGGAAAACAGCUGUUCAUUUAAACCAUCCACUUCACACACUUUGGGUGAGAAUUUUUCUCAGCAUCUGUGUGUAUUGUAUAGUGUAUGCAUUUGUGUGUUUGUGCCAUUUAUUUCUUUUACUGUGUCCUGCCAUUGACCCGUGUCAUGUUUCUUCUGCCUUAUUUGAUAAUGAUGCUGCAGUCGAAUGUAGCCUUUUGGUUGCGCGUCAGUUUAGCCCGUGUUAUGGUGUUAACACUGAUUCUUCAGCUGGCUGUUGACAUUACACUCAUUAACCUCAAGUUUCAGGUCACUCUCCUACUUCAAAAUCUACAAAUUUGAUAAUUUUCUACCACACUGUACCUUGCUAAAGAACAAGUGGAUAUUACUUCCAAGAUUUAUAUUUUAUUGUAUUUCUAUAUAAAUAUAUUUAUACAUUGUAUUUUCACAUAUGUACUCACAGACAUUGCCACUUAGCAAUGGCACAUUUGACUCCGGUCUAUGUACAAUAUUGACGGUAUCUGACUAUUUUCUGACUUUUAGAACAAAAUACUCUUUGUUCAGAAGUACCAGAAAUAAUUGCGCCUAAAUAUUUGCUGUGAACAUUAUUUUGUAGAUCACUUCCUCCUUUUGAGUAUUUUUGAUUUAUGCAAAUAUCAUUUUUAAUGCUGUAAUGUGACUGUGAAAAUGGGGAAUAUAGCAGAAUAUUUUUGAUGUGUUACAAAUGUCUAUAAUAAGGAAAAACUAAAUGUUGAACACCUCUGUUUCCACCAGGCUCAGUUCUACUCCAACAGACUGAUGGAGAAGGACGGGUCCCACUGGAUCUGAUCUUUUCACCAGGUCAGAGGGAGGAGCUC